GAGAAACUGUGCAGAGCUCCCCACUCUCAUUUCUCUUUAGUUUCCUUAUCAGCACCAUGACAUCAUCUGUACCCUGGAAAUUCCACUCACCCUCCUUUUCCCCAACCUCCAUCCCAGGUCUCAGAGUUCCUAUAAAAAAGGGCUCUCAACUCAGUAUCAGCACAGAGCACAACCAAGUUGUGAAGCUUCUGGACUCUGUGAUCUCAACUCCUGGACAGCCUCUCCUCCUCGACAACCAUGAAGCUCUGGGUGUCUGUCCUCUCUCUGCUCAUGCUCAUGGCUGCCUUCUGCUCCCCGGCAUUCUCAGCACCAAUCGGCUCAGACCCUCCCACUGCCUGCUGCUUCUCUUACACCCUCCGGAAGCUUCCUCGAAACUUUGUGAUGGAUUACUUUGAAACCAGCAGCCUCUGCUCCCAGCCAGCUGUGGUAUUCCAGACCAAAAGGGGAAGACAAAUCUGUGCUAACCCCAGUGAACCUUGGGUCCAGGAAUACAUGGAUGACUUGGAACUAAACUGAGCUGCUCUGAGAUGGAGGUUGGGGAUCUCCUGGAAAUGUUACUUGAGCCCAGUGCUUCUCAGCAAGAUGGGCCCUCUUCAAGCUCAUGAUGCCUCUCUAUUAUCCCUGCUCCUUCUUUUAAUUUAAUGUCAUUAUGUACUGUGUUUCUUGUACCGGGUGUUGUUUUCCAUUAUUUAUGUUCAUUUUGCCAAAGGACACAUGUCUCCCAUGGGGACGGUUCAUUAUUCACUCUUUCUCUGCUAUUGCGGAUACAUCGAUUAUAUAAUUGGUUCAAUGUGUUUUAAUAUUAAAACUUUGGAAAAUGUAGACAAUUUCAUUGUGUUUUAUUU